CGGGCACGCCGACGACGGGGCGGGACGAGCGGGACGAAAGUGUACGCGACGCGAACGGGGACUAUGAGCUGCCGACUGCGUCUGCCCUAGGCCUGGAGACCGCCUGGACCGCCUGGACCGCCUGGACACCGGCACCUUGCCGUCGGCCACCUCGUCGGCGGCCACCGCGUCAUCGAGUAGCGUCGGGUCUCCGGACCCAACCUCCGCCCGGCCAUGACCAUGGGGAAGCACAAGCAUCCAGACAAGCAUCACCUUCACAGAACCCAUCACCGGUCUCUAAAUGUGGGUUCUAUGAGAAGGCCAAGCACUAUGGGGGAUAUGAGUUCAGCUAGUUUCCUCCACAUGGGGGACAUUGUGUCCCUCUAUGCGGAAGGGAGUGUGUCAGGCUUUCUGAGCACCUUGGGUCUGGUUGAUGACCGGAGUGUUGUAUGUCCUGAAGCUGGGGACUUGUCAAACCCCCCACAGAAAUUCAGAGACUGUCUGUUCAAAAUAUGUCCUAUGAACAGAUAUUCUGCUCAAAAACAAUUCUGGAAAGCUGCAAAGCAAACUGGCAGUUCUUCAACAGAUGCUGUCCUUCUAAAAAGAUUGCAUCAUGCUGCUGAAAUUGAAAAGAAGCAAAAUGAGUCUGAGAAUAGAAAGUUGCUGGGAAACAUAGUUCAAUAUGGAAGUGUAAUUCAGAUACUGCAUCUAAAAUCAAACAAGUUCUUGACGGUCAACAAGCGACUACCAGCACUUCUAGAGAAAAAUGCGAUGAGGGUCUAUUUAGAUGCAAACGGGAAUGAGGGUUCCUGGUUUUACAUUCUUCCUUUUUACAAAUUACGAACCACAGGUGACAAUGUUGUAGUAGGAGAUAAGGUUAUUUUGACCCCAGUAAAUGCUGGGCAGCAAGUGCUUCAUGUAGCUGCUAACUUUGAACUGCCUGAUAAUCCUGGCUGCAAAGAGGUGAAUGUUGUCAACUCCAGCACCUCCUGGAAAGUGAACCUUUUUAUGGAAAACAGGGAGAACCAGGAGGAGAUACUGAAAGGUGGUGACGUCGUGAGACUUUUCCACGCUGAGCAAGAGAAGUUCCUGACCAUGGACGAGUACAAGAAAGUUCAGCAUGUCUUUCUCAGAACGACUUCUCGGUCGUCUGCGACUGCUGCUACUAGUAGUAAAGCUCUCUGGGAAGUAGAGGUUGUGCAACAUGAUCCUUGCCGAGGAGGUGCUGGGCAUUGGAAUUGCCUUUUCCGCUUCAAACAUCUUGCAACUGGUCAAUAUCUUGCCGCUGAAAUUGAUGAGGAUGAUACUACUGACCAGAUGAGAUCACAUCUAAGAGGUACAGCAGGCAAUUGCCAAGUUUAUCAUCUUGUCUCUGUACCACAUUCGGUUGAAAUAGCAUCUUUGUUUGAACUGGAUCCCACCACUCUCACAAGGGGCGAUUCUCUUGUGCCACAAUCAUCAUAUGUGAGACUUCAUCAUCUGUGCACCAAUACUUGGGUUCACAGUACUUCAAUUCCCAUUGAUAAAGACGAGGAGAAGCCGGUGAUGUCUAAGGUUGGUUGUGCCCAGGUGAAAGAAGAUAAAGAAGCCUUUGCUUUAAUCUCGGUGUCACCAACUGAAGUGAGAGAUUUAGACUUUGCAAAUGACGCUUGCAAAGUUCUUGCUUCUAUCUCAACAAAACUUGAGUCUGGGACUAUAACUCCCAAUGAAAGAAGAGCUGCAACCUGCCUUCUCCAGGACAUAGUCUAUUUUCUUGCUGGCCUUGAAAAUGAUCAGAACAAGUCAGAGGCAUUGGAUCUCACGGUUUCAAAUUUAAGCAGAGACCGACAGAAGCUUCUGCGAGAGCAAUACAUUUUAAAACAAUUAUUCAAAAUUCUUCAAGCUCCUUUUUUGGAAUCACAAGGCAAAGGCCCAUUUCUGAAGAUUGAAGAUUUAAAUGAUGCCCGCCAUGCCUCGUACAAAUACAUGUUCCGCCUAUGUUACCGUAUUUUAAGGCUCAGUCAACAGGCUUACAGAAAGAAUCAGGAAUACAUUGCCAAACAUUUUGCUUUCAUGCAGAAGCAAAUCGGUUAUGACAUUCUUGCUGAGGAUACAAUCACAGCCCUACUGCAUAACAAUCGUAAACUCCUUGAGAAACACAUUACCGCUGCAGAAAUUGAAACCUUCGUGAAUCUUGUGCGGAAAAAUAUGCCCUCCUGGCAAUCAAGAUUUUUGGAUUAUCUGUCUGAUUUGUGUAUUUCAAACAAGAAAGCAAUUGCUGUCACUCAAGAGCUUAUUUGCAAGAGUGUUUUCAGUGAGAAAAAUGAAGAUAUUCUUAUUGAAACACGAAUGAUGAAGACUUUGGAAGUGGAGGAAAGGGAUGAUGAAAACAAUGAUUAUGCACCUCUUGUUGAGCAUGAGGAUGUUGUCAUGUUCUGGAACAAUCGCCAAAAUUCAAUGUCUGUGGUGGAGCUAUCUCAGAAAGCAAAGGAAGGAAUUCCCCAGGAAAUGGCUCUGUUGGAGUACUAUCGACAUCAGCUAAAUCUCUUCUCAAACAUGUGCCUUAACAGGCAGUAUCUUGCACUUAAUAAUCUAUCUCAGAAUCUCGAUAUCGACCUCAUUCUUAAGUGCAUGGCUGAUGAUGAUAAUGUGCCUUAUGAGUUAAGAGCAUCUUUCUGCCGCCUUAUGUUGCAUCUACAUGUGGACCGUGACCCUCAAGAGCCUGUUACACCAGUAAAAUAUGCUCGACUAUGGCCAGAAAUUUCAUCCAAAAUGACUAUUCAUGAUUAUGAUUGCAACAAAACAAGAGAUCCUAAUAAGGAAGCAGUACGUCAGCGUUUUGCUUCAACUAUGAAGUUUGUUGAAAAUUAUUUGACUAACAUCGUUGGCAAAGUGGGAAGCUUUUCAGACAAUUCACAGAACAAGCUUACAUAUGAGGUUGUCAAAUUGGCUAGAGAGCUGAUUUACUUUGGCUUUUAUAGUUUCAGCGACUUAUUGAGCCUUACCAAAAUGCUUCUUAAUAUUCUUGACUGCGUAUCAGAGACUGACUUUUUUGCUGGAAAAUUACCUACUGAGGAAAUAAGCUCUGAUGAACAGAGUGGAAUUGAAGAGGAUGUAAAUGAAAGGAUCAUCGAACAGGCAAAAUCAUUAAAAAAUCAUAAACCUUCCGAAGGUGGUGUUUUACGUUCAAUUGGUGAUAUGGGAGCUGUUAUGACAAGUUUGACUCUGGGAACAUCAGGGCUGGAAAGAAGCAGCAGUGUUCAAAACAAGAGUAGUCAAAUGAAAAAAGAGUAUCCUCUUGUAAUGGAUACCAAACUGAAGAUAAUUGAAAUAUUACAGUUUAUCUUAGAUGUUAGGCUUGAUUACAAGAUCAGUUGCCUUCUAUCUAUAUUUAAGCAUGAAAAUGAAAAGGAGAAAAAUUCUGGAGAUGCCCUAGACCUAGAAUUAAUAGGAACUCAGGCAGAAAGUAUCUUUGGUAGCAGUGCUGAUUGUGCUGAACUUGAUUUGGAUGGUCAAGGGGGUCGCACAUUCUUGCGUGUUCUUCUGCAUUUAUCAAUGCAUGACUAUCCCCCUUUGGUGUCUGGAGCAUUGCAUUUACUGUUCCGACAUUUCAGUCAGAGACAAGAAGUCUUGCAAGCUUUCAAACAGGUUCAACUGCUUGUGUCAGAUAGUGAUGUUGAAUCUUAUAAACAGAUCAAAGCAGACCUGGACACUCUACGGCAGUCUGUUGAGAAAUCUGAACUUUGGGUUUACAAAUCAAAGAGUGUGGAUGAACUGGGCAACAAAAAGGGGGCGGAGGAUGAAGAGGACCAGGAGCGACAGGAACGCAGCACCCCUGCUCCUGCCCUUGGGUCCCAGACGGAAAGCAAGCAAGGUUCGCUGUUAGAGCUGGAUGUGGGGCCUCCGCUGCACGAGGAGCAGGCCCAGGAGUACAAGAAAAUCAGAGACAUUUUGAUCAGAAUGAAUAAGCUAUGUGUUGCAACUGACAAACCUCGGAAACAUGAACAGCGACUUCUCCGUAAUGUGCAUGUUCACACUGUGGUGUUAGAUCUGCUGCAGAUUCCAUACGAUCAAAAGGAAGACACUCGUAUGAAUCAUUUGAUGGGCCUUGCUCAUGAGUUCCUCCAAAACUUUUGUCUUGGCAACCAUCAAAAUCAAGUAUUAUUGCACAAACAGCUGGAUCUGUUUUUGAAUCCCGGGAUUCAAGAUGCUCAGACUGUGUGUAGUAUUUUCCAAGACAAUCCAACUCUCUGUAGUGAAGUGAGUGAAAAGGUGAUCCAACAUUUUGUCCAUUGUAUUGAAACUCAUGGGAGGCAUGUCCAGUACCUCAAGUUUCUGCAAACUAUUGUCAAAGCGGAUAAUCAAUUCAUUCGCCGCUGCCAAGAAAUGGUCAUGCAAGAACUCAUAAAUGCAGGAGAAGAUGUUCUAGUUUUUUAUAAUGACAAAGCUUCCUUCAACUCCUUUGUUGAGAUGAUGCGCUCUGGCAGGCAUCGUAUGGAUGAGAGUAGUCCACUGAAGUAUCAUGUUGAGCUUGUCAAACUAUUGGCUUGUUGCACCAUGGGAAAAAAUGUGAACACAGAAAUCAAGUGCCAUAGUAUGCUGCCCUUAGAUGGUAUUGUGGAUAUGGUAUCCCACGACGAUUGCAUUCCAGAGGUGAAGGAGGCUUACAUUAACUUCUUAAACCACUGUUAUAUUGACACAGAGGUUGAAAUGAAAGAGAUUUAUACAUCUCAUCAUAUGUGGAGCUUGUUUGAAAGGAGCUUCCCCAUUGAUCUGGCAACUGUUGCAAAUCACACUGCUGACAGGAAACAUGCUGAUCGUGCUCUUGAAAGUUAUGUUUGCAACAGUGUAAUGAAUGUCAUCACAACAUUUUUCAACAGUCCGUUUUCGGAUCAGUGCACCACUGUGCAGGCUCGCCAACCGAUCUUUGUUAAACUUCUCCAGUCAGCUUAUAGAGUUUCUCAGUGUUCAUGGCUUGAUCCCACUCAGAGAGUUCAAGUAGAAAAUUGUAUUCGUACUUUAUCUGAAGUUGCCAAAGUUCGGACCAUUGCUAUACCAUCUGAUUUGGAAAGUCAAGUGUUGGCUAUGUUUAACAAGCCAGCUCAAUUGAUUCGACAAAAUACAAAGAGGAUGAUGCCAUUAAAGCCAAAAAUGGAAAGAUCUCAAUCUCAGCUCAUCAAAUUGGAUCGCAACAUCAUUGAAGGUCUUCAGGACAUCGUCUCUCUUCUUGAGGACCAACUCAAACCUCUGGUUCAGUCAGAAUUAUCUCUUCUUGUUGAUAUCUUGUAUCGACCCGAACUUCUUUUCCCUCAAGGGUCAGAAGCUCGCAAGGGCUGUGAAAGUGGAGGUUUUAUUCGGAAGCUUAUUAAACACACUGAAGAAUUACUGGAGGAAAAAGAAGAGAAACUGUGUGUUAAAGUUCUGCGAACACUUCGUGAGAUGAUGUCCAUCGACUCUGAUUAUGGGGAAAAGGGUGAUCAGCUGAGACAACUUCUGUUAACAAGGUAUUUUGACAACUGCCAAACUCAGCGGCAGGAAAAUCUAGAUCCCUCUGUGUCCAGGAAUCUUCCGCAAGUGAUGCAUGGUCCUGGAGCAAAGGUGCUGAGUCGGGCUGGAUGCACAUUACAUGAAGUGCAGUGCCACCUGGACCGUGAAGGCGCAUCUGAUCUUGUUGUGGAGUUGGUGAUCAAAUCAGUUCACUCCCCUUCAAUCUUUGGCGAGGCAGUGGAGCUGGGCAUCGCACUUCUUGAAGGGGGCAAUCCAGUCAUCCAGAAAAGCAUGUAUAGUAAGCUGUUAGGUGGGGACCUGAGCCAAGCCUUCUUCAAGGUUUUCCAUGAUAAAAUGCGAGAUGCUCAACAAGAAAUCAAAUCUACUGUCACUGUUAACACGUCAGAUAUUGCAGCCAAAGCUCACGAAGACAAAGACCAAGGGAAGGAACAAGAGAAGAUUUCCAAGAAACGAGGUGCCAAAAGUAAUGGUAUAGUAAUAUCUGAGGAAUUGAAUGAAGAGUUAAAUCAGGCAGCUGUAGCAACCACUCAAGCUUAUGCUAAUGCAAGGAACGCAUCUGCAGCAGAUGACCCAAGUCUAGCGACUGGAGGUGCUCACAGCUCCGCCUUGGAAGAUAUGAUUGCUGAGAAGGAACGUUACAGAGAUCAGGAAGAUCCCAACCGUCUCUCAAGUAAGGUGCUGGUGAUGCAACCUAUUCUACGUUUCCUGCAACUUCUCUGUGAGAACCACAACCGGGAUCUCCAGAACUUGUUACGAAAUCAAAACAACAAAACCAAUUACAACCUUGUAUCUGAAACACUUAUGUUCUUGGAUUGUAUUUGUGGAUCCACCACUGGUGGCUUGGGACUCCUUGGACUGUAUAUCAAUGAAAACAAUGUGGCUCUGAUCAACCAAACACUUGAGACUUUAACGGAGUACUGCCAAGGCCCUUGCCAUGAUAACCAAAACUGCAUUGCCACUCAUGAAUCAAACGGGUUGGACAUUAUUACAGCCUUAAUCUUGAAUGAUAUAAAUCCACUGGGGAAGACCCGCAUGGAUCUCGUACUGGAGCUGAAGAACAAUGCUUCCAAAUUGUUACUUGCUAUAAUGGAGAGUCGGGGUGAUUCUGAAAAUGCUGAGCGAAUUUUGUACAACAUGAAUCCGAAACAACUAGUUGAUGUUGCAUGUAGAGCUUUCCAUCAGGAGGCUCUAGAUGAUGAUGAUGAUGACAAUGAUGAUUCAUCCACAGGGGAUGAACAGGGAGUUUCUCCAAAAGAGGUGGGCCACAACAUCUACAUUCUUUGCCACCAACUGGCCCAGCACAACAAAGACCUUGCUGCUAUGCUGAAACCCUCUGUGUCCAAUAUUGAUGCUAAAGUAAAUCAAGCAUUAGAGUAUUAUGCAUCCCAUACUGCGCAAAUUGAAAUUGUUCGUCAUGACAGAACCUUGGAACAAAUUGUCUUCCCUAUACCAGAAAUGUGUGAGUACCUUACGGAGGAAACAAAAUUGAAGGUUUUGCAUACAGCUGAGAGAGAUGAUCAGGGCUCAAAAGUCUCUGACUUUUUUGAGCGUACGGAAGACAUGCUUCAUGAAAUGCAGUGGCAGAAAAAGUUACGAGGACAGCAAGCUUUGUUUUGGGUUGGCAGUUACAUGUCAAUGUGGAGUAACAUUGUCUUUUAUUGCACUGUUGUCAUCAAUUUCAUAAUAGCUGCUUAUCAUCCCUUCCAAAACACUGUUGAUGGCCUUGGAUCAAGCUUGUCUGGAGUUAUUUGGGCGCUCAUAAUGGCCUCUGGAGCAUUGGUCAUGUGGGUUCCUCGUAAAUCUGGAAUGAUAACGUUCGUUGGCUCUGUUACAUUUAAACUUAUAUACUUCAUGGGACCUGAAAGCACUUUAACAAUGUUAGGAAUGCUGACUGUGGGGCUAAAAACGGUACAUCUAGUGAGCAUCAUGUUUAAUCAAGGCACAUUGACAAAAACAUAUGAGCAAAUAAUGACCGAUACACAACUUCUGUAUCACAUUGCGUACCUUCUUCUUUGUGGUCUUGGUCUUGUCAUGCACCCAUUCUUCUUUUCUGUGUUGCUUCUCGACGUUGUUUACCGGGAAGACACCCUCAUUAAUGUUAUCCGGUCGGUGACAAGAAAUGGGCGAUCCAUUGUAUUGACUGCCGUGUUGGCUCUCAUCCUGGUGUAUAUGUUUUCAAUUAUUGGAUACAUGUUCUUUAGGGAUGACUUUCUUAUUGGGGUGGAUUCGGAGCUCAGUUCUGACAUUGAAUCAAACAGUACUGCUGAGGAAGAAGUCAAGGAACGUGCUUGUGAUUCUAUGGCCAUGUGCAUUAUAACAACGUUAAACCAGGGUCUGAGAAAUGGAGGUGGUAUUGGUGACAUAUUACGAGCCCCCAGUAGCAAGGAACCUCUCUUUUUUGCUAGAGUUGUGUAUGACCUUCUGUUCUUCUUCAUUGUUAUCAUUAUUGUGUUGAAUUUGAUUUUUGGUGUCAUCAUUGAUACAUUUGCCGACCUCAGAAGUGAAAAGCAACAAAAAGAAUUAAUCCUUAAGAACACAUGUUUUAUUUGUGGUUUGAACAGAUCUGCAUUUGACAACAAAACUGUUAGUUUUGAGGAGCACAUGAAGUGUGAGCACAACAUGUGGCACUACCUCUAUUUUAUCGUUCUUGUGAAAGUCAAGGAUCCCACUGAGUUCACUGGUCCUGAAAGCUAUGUGUAUGCCAUGGUCAAGGAUCGCAAUUUAGACUGGUUCCCCAGAUUGCGUGCCAUGUCGUUGGCCGCCGAUGAAAGUGAAGGGGAGCAAAUGGAGUUGCGCAGUCUGCAAGCACAGUUGGAAGUGACGCAGAGUCUUGUACAACAUUUGUCACAACAAUUGACAGAGCUGAGAGAUCAGAUGACAGAGCAGCGGAAACAGAAGCAACGUAUUGGUCUCCUCAAUUCCACCACAGCUUACCUGCACCAGAUGUAA